AUGGGCGUUUCCUUGGCUCUUCGGCUGAUUGCUCUCCCGUGCGCAGUAGUAGGAGCUUCAGACCGGCGACUAGAUGGUACUACCACCACAUCCUCCUACGUCGCCACCUCCUCCCUGGGCGGCCAAGCGUACGCCGGGGCCGGGGAAGCCUGCGGUGCCUUCUGCUCCUCCUGGAACUACUGCUGCAAUGACUGGCAGCUCGGGAGCAAUCAAUACAUCUCCUGCGCCCAGGCAUGCAUGAUGCGCUACAGAGGGGAGUCGGAAGACUCCAUCCGAUCGCAAUGCCCUGAUCGGCAAUGCACCGCCGAUGUGGGUGGCUUCGCCUAUCCUCUGUGUGCAAAGUGUGAAGACCUACAUGAUGGUUGCCGGUUUGGGGUGGAGGACGAGUGGGCCUGCUACGCCGGUGCUUCUGUCGAAGUGUGCCAGCCUUCCAUCUACGAGGACGGCAAGGUCGUCACACUAUACCACCCCAGCUCCAAAAGAUAUUUGGGUGUUGGCAGCUACGCUGGAUAUGGCCGGAGGAUUACGGCGCUGCAUGGGGGCUUUGGGGACGAAAGCGGGUCGCUGUGGCAGCUUCGGUUUACAGAUGGUGGAGUGCAGUUCCUCUCUGUGGGACAAACCGGCCCGGCAAGCGACUUCCUGCCGGACGACCGACCGCUGGGAAGCGACUGGUUUCUCGCCGGCUGUGGAAUGGAGAGUGUGAUCAACGUCGAUGCGCCGAGGACUUUCUCUAUUCGGCAGAGCAUCAGCUCCAGCGUCCUCUUCUCUGUCUCAACCCACGGCCUCACCUGCAGCCCUCCCGGGCGAUUUGGGGCCGAAUGGGAGCUUUUGGUGGAAGAGUUUCCAAGGAAGGCGCAUGUCUGUGGGGGUGUUGUCACCUCUGCAGCCAAAGCAGCCCAUUCUGCUUUUUGGGUGCUGACGGCCUGUGCCUUGAGCGCGCAGCUGCUCCACCCGUGCUGCUGA